CUAAAGGAGAUAGCUAGAUCUUAUAUAUGGAAGAAAAAACUAAAGAAGUGGUGUAUCAAAAUCUGGUGUGUAUAUAUAAACAUGUUUUAUAAUACAUUUUUGUACAAUCUCUCAUCUUCUUCGUGCACUCCACAUUUGUUUUUCUCUCUUCCUUGAUCUUGUUUGGUCAACGAUACAAGAUGGACCUCGAAAAAGAAGCUUUUGUUGAUAAAGAAGAACUCAGAGAAGAAGUUCCAAAAAAAGGGGAACCAGCAGCAACACUAAUUUUCUGUUGUUUUUCCCAAUUGUUGGUAGUAUGGGUAACGUUGUGCGCCGUGAAGUUUUCGUGUUCCUAUUUCCUAUCGAAAUCUAUAACAACUAAUCAUGUGCCGUAUAGUACAAUAGCUUUUAUGAAUUUUACGGUGUUUGAUAUAAAUACUCAUCUUAGUGCAAAAUGGAACUUAUCCAUUAGAGUUCCCGAAAACCUUCCUGGUUCCUAUAUAUGUCUACAAGGAGACUUUCAAGCUUCUUUACUUUACAAGAAUAUUACCAUUGCUACUUCACCCCCAAGAAGUUACAACAAUCUUCUGUUUCAUUGGCCUCAACUGCUCAAGGUUUCAGGGGAUGUCUCUGAAGAGGAUAUCAAUGGCGCGAUUGGAAAAAACAUUGUGAACGACAUUAAAGAGAGAAGCGAAGUGCGCUUGGGGUUGCGGUUGUUUCUUCCGGAUUGCAGAGAAAAUAAGGCAGGGACCAUGAAAUUUGCUUGUGAUGAGGUCAAAAUGAAAUUUGAGUCGAGUUAUGAACAGAAGAUUACAUCAACUGUGGUUGGCUAUCCUAAUUGCCUCUAUGAUGAUCACUAGUUUCUUGUUUAACUUUAUAUGAAGAUUGGACCUUCUUUAUGUGUAAUAUACUUUGGAUAACGCAUACCAUCAGAUAUAAAACAUCUCGUAGAGUUUACCAAACUGUGUUUGAUAUAGAUUUUGUGUGGAUUUCUCCCUUGACUAACA